AUGGAUUCUGUUUAUCUAUUGCCGAAUCGGGCAAGUGUGAAUCAAGCACAAAUAUUAUUUUUCUGGCUCCUGCUGCACAGCCCCACGACACCCCCUCCGGACACCGCCACAUUGAGUUUUUCUCGCGGUACCUGCUACCAUCUUUCUGUUCCUUUAUCCAUGACAAGCGCACCCAUCCCAGAGACAACCAAGACCUACGCGAGAAUCAAAACGUAUCCGAUCGCCGCCUCGUGGAUCCGGAUCGGCGGCCACUUCCCUGCUUCCCACGUUGUGAGACCCCAGAUGUACACCAUGGCGUACUCGCCAGCAUUCAGGGACUACACCGAGGCGAUCGACUCGUACUUUGACAACUGGCUCGAGGACAUCGAAAAGACCGUGCCCGAGAUCAAGACGCUGCGCAUGCGCGACAUCAGAGACUCGCUCACCCAGCCCGUGGUGGACGCUUCUUUAUUUGUGGACAGAAACAUGCACAGCUUGUCUGUUGCGCUGCGCCAGCGCGUGAUCGAGCCGGCCCGCAGGUCUGCAAGCGACCUUAGAAAGGCGUACGCCCCGCUCUAUGACACGCACGGCCGCGCGCUGAUCCGGUCGCAGCUGGACCCGCUGUUCCGGCCGAUCAACAAGAGACUUGCCAGCUACGUGCACCACUCGGGCGACAACACGCACUCCAGCGAGAUGUCGCACACUCUGGGGCUGCUGAGCGAGUUUGCCGAGCAAACACGGCCGCGCGUGGCGGAGACGAUCGCCAGAUCGGGCCAGCUACCAAACCAGGUCUCCAGCCACCUCAACCAGGUUUACCAAACCAACAAGGCCAAAAGAGGCGAGGGAAGACUCAUCGUGAUGAUCGCCUCCAUGGACACCGUCAGAGACCUUGUCAACGAGGGCUACACCGUGGUGAACGAGCCUCCAAGAUCACCAGAACUUUGA